CUUCAACCUCAUUUGAGCUUUGCAACACCAACAGAACUGCGAGCUGUUUCUGACUUUUCUGUAAUAAAACACCAACUGCUGAUUUUUUGCCUCUUUUGUGCAUUUAAGCAUGCGGUUCACAGGUUUCAUUCAGUUUUGAUUCAUUUAACUACUGUUUUUCUAGAAUUUCUUUUCGAAUAUUUCUUAUGUAAAAUUGGUUAAGUGAUGCUUUUUCCUUAUAAGAUACAGGUAAAAAAAACAUUUCUCUUUAUUGCUCGUUUGGCUGUAAUUUAUAUUUUGAAAAACAAUGCUAGUAAUUUAACUUACUAACUACCCAUGAAAUGGUAAGACAGAUACAUAAGCUGUUAGAUAUUGCUCGAUCUGUAUCCAUCGUCAACAAUAAUAACUACAGUACCUUGGAGUAUAUGCUCGAGCUUUUAGAAGACCUCAAAUAUGCCAUUCAGGAUAGGAAGGUGGAUGCUCUUGUCGUUGAGACAUUUGGGAGACGCAUAGAGAAACUAUUGCAGGAGAAAUAUGUACUUCUAUGCAGGCAGAUAGAUGAUGAAAAGGCAGAAUCAUCAAAUAUCACGGCUGAUGAUGAUAGUUCAAAGGAAGAUGACAUAGUUCGUAGUUUGCGUGCAAGCCCCAUUGUUCCUUGUACUAAGGAUCGAACAUCUAUUGAAGAUUUUGAAAUAAUUAAACCCAUAAGCAGAGGUGCUUUUGGACGAGUUUUUCUGGCCAGGAAAAGGUCAACUGGUGACUUAUUUGCAAUAAAGGUCUGACUCUAUGCCAUUGUCCA